AGCUGAACAGUGUUGACCUACAGGGCUGUGGUAGUGACAACAGUCUGAACAGUAAUGCCAGCCUACCCAGUGUCCAGUGCCAUCGACGUCACACAGAGAGACGGGUGGCCAGCUGGGCGGCCUGCUUUGAGAGACUGCUGCAGGACCCGGUCGGAGUCAGAUACUUCUCAGAGUUCCUGAAGAAGGAGUUUAGCGAGGAGAAUAUUGUGUUCUGGCAGGCCUGUGAGUUCUUCAGCCAUGUUCCCGACAACGACAAGAAACAGUUAUCUCAGAGAGCUAGACAGAUCUAUAACAGUUAUUUAUCCAGUAAGGCCACUACGCCGGUCAACAUUGACAGUCAGGCCCAGCUGGCAGACGAUAUCCUCAACGCUCCCAGACCAGACAUGUUUAAGGAACAACAACUACAGAUCUUCAACCUGAUGAAGUUUGACAGCUAUACUCGGUUCCUGAAGUCCCUCCUGUAUCAGGAAUGUAUGUUAGCGGAGGUGGAGGGGAGGCCUCUACCAGACCCCUACCACAUACCCAGCUCUCCUACCUCCAAACACAGUACCGGGUCAGAUAGAUCCACACCCAAGAAGGAGGACAAGAAGACUAAGUCGGGCCGCUCUCUGAACGAAGAGAGAGAGAGGGAUGAGUGCGGAGGAGAUAAGAAGAAAGGCAUGUUCUUUUCGUGGUCACGGAACCGGAGCUUCGGGAAAGGCCCCAAGAAACGGGAUCUGGCAGACAUCAACUACAACUUCUCGGGCAGUAACGGGCGUCGGGAAUCACAAGGCUCUCUGUCAUCCGGAGCCAGUCUGGAACUGGGAACGUCCGGAUCUGGAAAGAACGAGGGUGGUUCUAUGGAGAGAGACAGAGAGCGAGGCGGUGACUCUGUAACCCUGAGACAGUGUAACAUCAACCUCCCAGAUGGGACAUGUUGCUCUGUGCCGGUCAGAGCUGGGUUCUCCAUCAGAGAGCUGCUGGUGGGUCUCUGUGAGAAACUCUGUAUCAACGUGGCAGCUGUAGACCUCUUCCUAGUCGGAGGGGAGAAGCCUCUGGUUCUGGAUCAGGACUGUAUGACUCUGUGCUCUCGGGACCUCAGACUGGAGAAACGGACUCUGUUCAGACUGGACUUGGUUCCUAUAAACAGGUCAGUGGGUCUGAAGGCUAAGCCCACUAAGCCGGUGACGGAGGUUCUGAGACCUGUAGUGGCCAAGUACGGCCUCCAGCUGAACGACCUGGUGGCCCGCAUCAGUGGGGAGAAGGAGCCUCUUGACCUGGGUCUCCCCAUCUCUAACCUGGAUGGACUGAGAGUGGUGCUGGAUGUAGCGGACAAGACACCUGGGAAGGACAAACCGAUAGGGGCUCAGUCUAAAACCCAGGCCCCGCCCCCUACGACUAGGAACCAAUCAGCUACGGGGGAUGAGAGGGCGUCAGGGAGGCCCAGCGCGGCGCUCGGCAACGGAAACAAGCCCUCCUCCUCUGCCCGUGACGACCGCCUCUUACCCAGCAGCCACCGCAAGACAGCGGCGCCAAAUAAAGCCCCGCCCACUGAAAAGAGAAAGCAGAAAAAGAUUACUGUAGACGAAGCUGAAGAGCUCUUCCAGCUCAUAUCCAAAGCUCAGUGCAGCAGAGCAGACGACCAGCGAGGUCUGUUAGACAAGAGUGACCUGACACUUCCCGACUUCCUCCGCCUCAGCCCUUCAUCACCACCCCUUCCUCUUCCUCCCACCUGCGUCACCCAGCAUGGCCGCGGCGGUGGUAACCAUGGCGAUAGCGACAACUACGGCUACGGGGAAAACAGACGUCACGGCAACAAGGAAGGUGGAGGCGGUGGCUCGUUCCCUUUGAACACUGGCGGCCAAUCACAGAGCUUGGAAUCCUCGCUCGGAACGGGAGGAGGAGGAGGAGGGGGAAGACGAGCGCUCCUCCCCCCCUCCCACCACAACAGACCCCCUCCCCCGUUACAAGAGGAACCCCUAGCUGACCUGACCCUGGUGGGAGAAGGAGACAUCAACAGUCCUAACUCCACUCUCCUAACCCCACACCACUCCUCCUCCGCUACCCAUAACCCACCACGCUUCUACCAACACGACCUCCACAGCUCGCCCUGCUCAGGUACCUCCCCUGUGUCAACUCUGAACCGUGGCCUUUCACCUUCGAACUGCCACCAUGUCCUAACCCUUCACCCUUCAGGCCAAGACAGGGAUAGAGACGGAGACCAGAGGAGAGAGAGGGACAGAGGAGGCUGUUUCAAAUCUCACCAGAAGAGGGCGCCACCACCUUCCUCAAAACCCCCUCCUGCUGCUCCUGCUCCUCCUCGCUCUCGUAAAUCCAAAUCGCCCUCGCGCCCCAACCGAGCCAGGCUAGAUGUGGAUCGGGUUGAAACCAACUCCACACCUGAAGAUUCCGGGAGGUUCCGGGACCUCCGAGAUUCCAAGCUGGGACAGAACAGUGAGGGCGUGGCCUCGGAACUCUGCCGCCGUGGCGGCAGGGUGAGGACGGGCGUGUACCAGACGUCAGAACUCCCGUCAUUGGUCAGCGCUAAGAGACAACCAGAGCAGAGACGGAUUGGCAGAAGCCUAUCGGGAGAGAGACAAGGCGCGGCGGACAGAAGCAGGUUUAAGGCCACAUUUGUCUGAGAGUUAGAUUCUGUAGAACCGACUCCCUGGUCAAAGACAUCCUUUAAUGAACACAUUUGUCUGAGAGUUAGAUUCUGUAGAACCGACUGCCUGGUCAAAGACAUCCUUUAAUGAACACAUUUGUCUGAGAGUUAGAUUCUGUAGAACCGACUGCCUGGUCAAAGACAUCCUUUAAUGAACACAUUUGUCUGAGAGUUAGAUUCUGUAGAACCGACUGCCUGGUCAAAGACAUCCUUUAAUGAACACAUUUGUCUGAGAGUUAGAUUCUGUA